CCGGGUCCGACAACAACACGGAAGGACCGGAGCAUCUCCAGGGCUAAACACGGGGUAACCAGAGCAUCCAGGGGCUGAACACGGCGAGGAACUGGAGCAUCCCCGAGUCCGACAUCGGCACCGGGGGAUUGGAGCAUCCCCGCAUCCCGCACCGGCACGGAUGGACCGGAGCAUCCCCGGGGCCUCACACGGGGAGGAACUGCAGCAUCUCCCGGUCUCGGCGGGCGGAUCCCGCGGGCUGGAGCCGCCCCCGGGGCCGGGAUGAGGCCGGGCCGGAGCCGCCCCCGUGGCUGGGCUGGAGCCGCCCCGCUCCGGCCCCGCCGCGUCCCCGCGAUGUCACCGCGCUCCGCCCGCCUGGCGCGGCUGUCGCGCUCCGUCACCUUCAGCGCCUGCCACCGCCUGCACAGCAAAUCCCUGAGUGAUGAGGAGAACCUGAAGCUCUUUGGGAAGUGCAACAAUCCCAAUGGCCACGGACACAACUACAAAGUUGUGGUCACCGUGCGUGGAGAGAUUGACCCGGUCUCGGGGAUGGUGAUGAACCUGACAGACCUGAAGGAAUACAUGCAGGCAGCGAUCAUGGAGCCCCUCGACCACAAAAACCUGGACAAGGACGUGCCCUACUUCUCUGAGGUGGUGAGCACCACGGAGAACGUGGCUGUGUUCAUCUGGGACAGCCUCCAGAAGCUCCUGCCCCAGGGCGUCCUGUACAAGGUGGAGGUGCACGAGACAGAGCAGAACGUGGUGGUUUACAAGGGAGAGGAAACAAUUGUCAAGUGAAAUCAGCCUGGCCUCAGGUGCUCAGCAGAAAUCUCCAUUCUCAGCUCCCUGCCCAGCGUUUCCUGCAGCCAGCCCUGGUUCUGUGCUCCUGCAGGACGAGGGCAGGUGUUUCACCAGGACCCUCCCAGCAGUUUGCCCAUCUGGCUUCUCACAAUGGGUUGGUUUCUCUGCUUUUCCUCAAGACCUUCCUGUUUUGCCAGCUGAUGUGAGAUUUAGAGUUGUGCCGUGGUAAAUAAAGCAGCUUUGGGGAGAGGAGGUGGCCUGGCAAAAUCCCCAAAGUCUUUGAUUUCUCUCUGAUUAAAUAUUGAAUUAAUUUAUUUGAUAAUGUGA